AUGUCUUCGUUUAUUCAAGGAUUUAUGGAAAGUGACGAAAUAGACAAAGCGGGCUUGAGGGAAUUAAAUUUUGAUAUCGAGCCUGAAAAUGUCGGCUACUAUAACUCGUUUGGGGAUGUGUAUAAGACAGGAUAUGGAGGAAUAGAAGAUCGUAUUUUUACCAGCAUUGGAGGUAAUGGAGGUGUGAAUACUUCCGGUAGCAAUAGAAGUAAUUCUGAGAGUGUAGUUGUUGGAGGAUGCAUCGGUGGAGCUGUUGAUAUGAUGAGUUAUGGAAGCAUGAGUGCUCUGGUAGACAUACAUGGCAUAGGUCGUGGUUUAGAUCACCAAAAUUUCUAUGGUAUGGAUUAUGGGCUCGACUAUGGCUUGGGAUAUCAUCAGGGAGCAUAUGCGCAGGCUUCAUAUGAAGAAUAUGGGCAGGAAUAUGGCCAUUAUCUGGUACCAGUACAAGGACAACAGCAAAUGCCAGGAACGAUACACGUCGAAUACCAUGACAUGGACCGCGAUCAAGAACUGGAAUACGAGGAUUAUGAUUCUGGUCGUAGGUUUUCCAGUCAGGAGAUAUAUUCUCAGAACACUGACGGAAAUUCAUCGGAUCUCAGUGAUACAGUCAGUGAGACUGAAACAAAGCUGUCGACACCCGAGUCGUUCAGUGCCACCAUAAAACAGUACGAGCUACAUGAUCUGAAGCUGCGGUCAAGAAGGGUUCUGUUAGUACAGCAAUUGGAACUGAAUUACGAUCACUCGAUGUUGGCAGAUAACCAUCUAGUCAUUUGCACCUAUUGUAAUAAUCGCUUUGAUAGCAUAUUGCAAUUGGGCCACCAUUUCGACAAAAAUAAGUUGGUUACUCCUCAUAAAUGCCCUUUUGAUUCAUGUCCCUACUUCUUCAUAGGGUUUGCUCGCAAAGCAGAACUAAGACGUCAUUGUCUUACAAAGCAUUUUGAGAAAGGAAAGUUGACACAAUCAAUAAAUCAAAACAUCAAGCAGGUCGUGAAUAAUUUGAUAUAUUCUUGCAAAAUCGAUAAUUGUGGUAAAAAUUUUUACCGCAAGGAUUCAUUGCAGAGACAUUUGAAAUUGGUUCAUGAAAAUGAGAAUAGUAAGUUCAAUAAAAAAAUGAAGAAGAACCAGUUGCAAAAACUGACCCUCAAUUGCCACAGACAUGCGCAUGUUGCACAGAAGUGA